AUGGCCGCCAGCAACGAUCCAUACUUAACAGUCGAGUCUUUCCCCGUUCCACAAUGCCCCGCUACACCCUCCAUGUUCCAACCAGAUUCUUCAACUCCCGCACCUGGUUGCGAACGCAUCACCAAGGAGGCGUUUGAGCUUGUUUUGGAGCAAAAUGCGAGAUUGAGGCAGGAGCCGAAGUUGGUGAAGGAGGCUCGUGCGAAGGCGGAAAAGACGUGCUCCGAUCUGGCGGCUUGGACUUUGUGGGAGCGAGAAAGGUUGAUGCGCGAGUUGGAGGAGGCCAGAGCGAUACAUCGUGCUUUCAUCCAGGAUGAGGUCGACAAGCUUAUCGCCGAAGAGACAGGCCGUCUGACUAUGGAUCAGUAA